CAACCUUGAACGGUUGUUGCUAAGUAACGGGAGAGACGCCCAGUCAACAUCUGAGCGCAGGAUGGCUGAGGAAGAAGUUGAGAAGAUUAUUCAUCACACCAAGCGUAUUUUUAUCAACAACGUUGACUCCUAUGCCUCGAAAUGUAUCGCAAAGUUCUUGUCUGCCUGUGUAGUGGGGGCGUCCCUGGUGGAGACUGACGAGACAGAGGUGGAGGAAGGGGAAGAGAGGCUAUCAAAAGAUGACCAUCCCAAAGUCAAAGACGGAACCUUUCAAAUUGUCGGAACUAUUGCAAACAAAAACGAAAGAAGACCAAGUUAUGUGUUGGAUGAAUAUUUUCAACUGAAAAGGGAAGAACUCCUGGAGCGCCUGAUGGAGUGUGGUAUCAUAAUUUACAACAUCACGGAGGAUGCUGACCAGAUGGACGAGGCCUCUUGGGCAAUCUCGGCCCUUCAUGCUGAGAUGGCCAGGUUCAGUCAGCCAAAGAUGUUCAUCCUCAUAUCAACUGUAAUGACCUGGGCUCUCAGCAAGCCUGUCGAUGCGGAUGACCCUGAGAUUCCAUUCACUGAGGAAGACUACAGGAGAAGAAGAGCCCAUCCCAACUUCAAAGAGCAUAUCAACGUUGAAAAACUUGUGGUCAAAAUGGGAAAAACGAAAAGUUCAUUGCUCUCCACAUACGUAGUGGCCUCAGGAGUUCAGUAUGGAAUGGGAGAGCAAGUCUUCCACUUCUUCUUCAAGACAUCUUGGUUGGGAGACUUGCCCAAAGUCCCUAUCUUUGGAGAAGGCACCAAUGUCAUUCCUACUAUUCACAUCAAUGACCUUGCAGGUGUGAUCCAGAAUGUAAUUGACCACAAGCCAAAACCACAUUACUUAGUCGCUGUGGAUGAUUCCAAGACCACUAUCGAUGACAUUGUAAAGACAAUAGCCGAUGUGGUGGGGCCAGGAAAGACCAAGAGAGUGCCAAAAGAGGAUGCUUUUCUCACUCGGGAUUUGAGACAAAUGGACAUCGAUGCUCUGUUUGUCAACCUUCGGAUUGAGGCCGUCUACCUGAAAGAGAGCUUCAACAUCCACUGGGUGUGUGAGUCUGGUCUCAUAGACAACAUUGACCGUGUUGUGGAGGAAUACAAGCAAACCAGGGGCCUGCUGCCCAUCCGCGUGUUUAUCAUGGGCCCUCCAGCGGUGGGAAAGAGCACAGUAGCAGAGAGGAUCUGUAAACACUACAAACUGCACCACAUCAGACUCAAGGAAACUAUCACUGAGACCCUUGCACACCUGGAGUCUAUCAUUAGGAUGGAGGACGGAGAGACUGAGGCAGAGGAUUCUGCCACCUCAUCAGAACUCCUGGAGACUUUGAAGGAGAACAUGGAUCAAAAUGGAGGUCGACUGGAUGACCAGUAUGUGAUCAGGAUCAUGAGAGACAAGCUGAAGUCAAAGCUGUGCAGAAACCAGGGUUUUGUCCUGGAUAGCUUUCCCAAGACAUAUGAACAGGCCAAGGACCUGUUCUAUGCUGAUGAUGAUGAGCCAGAGGAUACGAGGUCAAAGAUCCCUCCAUUCAACAAGAAGAUAAUUCCAGAGUUUGUGUUCUCCCUGGACUCCUCCGAUGCGUUCCUGAAGAACCGUGUCCUGAACCUCCCGGAGAGCCUGGUGGAGGGAACAUCCUAUUCCCAGGAGCAGUUCCUGCGCCGCCUAGCCAGGUUCCGGGAGAGCAACGUGGAGGACGAGACCGUCCUCAACUACUUUGAAGAGCUAGAUAUUCACCCGGAGCACAUUGAGAUCACCAGCAGUGACGACCAGGAGUACCUGGUGGUGACAGAGAGGAUCAUCAAGUCAGUGGGCAAGCCUAAGAACUACGGCCCCACCAGCCAGGAGCUGGAGGAGGAGGAGAGGAGGAGCGCAGACCGCCGGCUGAGAACGGAGGCCCAGAAGAGGGCUGACACAGAGAGGCGGGAGACAGAGGAGGCCCAGCAGAGAGCAGCCCGCUGGGAGGAGUGGAGUAAGUGUCUGGAGGAGGUGAAGAAGCAGGAGCAUGAUCUCCUGGAGGUCCAGGCUGUUCCCCUGAGAAACUAUCUGAUGAAGAACGUCAUGCCCACUCUCACCCAGGGCCUCAUCGAGUGCUGCAAGACCAGGCCUCAGGACCCUGUUGAUUUCCUGGCAGAAUAUCUCUUCAAGAGCAACCCCCAAGUGGAGUGAAAUGGGACUUGUCUUUCAGGAUUUCUAACCUCAUAUCAGUACCAUCUACAAUGCAGGAUUGUACUCACAUCAUAUUUAAAAGUGAUUUAGUAAAAGCCUUUUCUCACCAGAAGAGUUUUUAUUUUGAUUAUAUUUAGGGGAGAUUCUUAUACAUUUACAGUAUAUUGUAGCUGUGUUAUAUGAUUUCCCCAAUAACGUGAUUACAACACAAUUGUAAAAGAUGCAAUGAAGCCAUGAUGUUCAACUCCUAACAUUUCAACUUAGUGAGUUUACAUCAAAAGUAACAUUUAGACACUUUAAACGUGUGAACUGAAAUGUUACUUUUGAUGUAAACUCACUAAACUCACACUUGGUUGCAGACAUAUUUCAGCCAUAACAUUUUAGGUGGCCCUCCCCCCAUUUCAUGCUGUGACUUUGAUAAACUCGAUUAGUAAAUUAUGUCAUUCCCUGCCCUGUUUUGUUGACACACAGCUUUGUUUGUGUUGUUUUCUGCAGACCAUUACUUAAAAGCCCUGAAAACUGGAGGAAAAAAAAGCCUGACUGAAGCCAACAGCUAAUUAACAUGUUAAUUUGCGUAAUGAACUUGGGUGCGCUUGGUAACUUAAAAGUAGACCCAGUCGGGUCAUAAUGACUUUGAUUUGGCUUGUGAUUUCAAAGGAUAAAUGUUAAAAAUGGCAGCUAAUUGCGUCACUCUCUCAUGUUUCCACUCGCAGCUCUAAGUGUACAUAAUUAGCUGUACUGGAACACCAAAUUAUUUCAUUGUACAUGCUUAAUCACCACACUGGGAAAUCACUUUGUUUGAGAACAUUGUAGCGCGAGCCACAACAACACAACACAAUUUCAAGCUGUGUUUUUAUAUUUUCCAUUUUGAGAUGUAGGCGUAAAUCAAACCACAGAUUUGAGGUAAAAAUAUGCAUUUUACUUUGACUUUUACAGAAUUUCCCCCUCAAACUAAAUACGAUGUACUUGUCUUUGUUGUUGAAAUUGUUUUCUGAUCCAUGCAAUUGUUGGAGAGGAGACAAGGAGAGAAGAGGAAGCCACAAAAUACUAUAGAGAUGCAUCCUUUGUAAUAGAGACUGGUGUCAUGUCCAAUAUCAUCCAACAGGGGUCAGUCUCUACUGCUUUUGAAUGGCAGCAUUAUAACACUAGGUGGCAGCCUUGCCUCAGCUAUGGGCUAAUUGUGAUAAUGUUGUUUUUUGGCUUUACCAAUAACAACAAUUAUACACUAGACAUUGUAUUUUAUUUGUGUAUAUAUAUAUAUAUGUUUAAUCAUAAAUAGAUACAUCCAUCUUUACCAUAAAGAAAUUCAGCACAUUACAGCACAUUACCCAAUUUAAGCAGUUAUAGCUUACUAUAUCACAGGGUCAAUAUGCUGAGCUGCAGGUGGACAGAAUCCACUGUGUGAUGCUGGUCACUGUUCCUUAAAGCCACGGAGGAAUGUCUCUUUCACACACACACACACACACCAUGAGCCGAGGCCUUAACUUGGUGGGGAAAUUUUCCCCCAGAAAACCUUGCCUCAUUGGCGUUCAGAAAGAAAAUGUGUUUUGUUGCUUAGGAACAGUUUGCCUUCCGUCUCUGCGGGUGGUCUCCUUGUGAAUAUCAUUAUGUGCCCCUCGAGUCGGGAGGACGACACAUUUUUCUUUUCUGCCAAUAUUUAUUGUCUGCUCCACUCACUGUCGGGAGGUCUGGAAAAUGCUUUCAUUGAUUAAAGGGGGUGCUAGGCAGGCGAAGUCUGUGAGAGACGUCACCUACCUUUAUAAUAAUUUGUCAACAUUAUAUUUCUAGAGGACAGCUUCAAGCUUACAGACAAUAUUGUUUUGCUUUGCUUUAUGGGGAAAUCUGCAAAGACAAUCGAAUUGCUAAAUAUUACAAAAACACAACUAUAUUAA